UCUAUACUUCAAAUCCUUGUUGUUUUAUUAUAUAUUUAUGUUAUUAGUUGUGUAGUUCUAGUGUAAUUCGUGUUAAUGUUCGGUACUAUAGAGCUAAAUUCCUGUGAGCCCAGUUGAGCGCCAUUCGGUGAAAAGUUAAAGCAAAUUUAAGUUGUCAAUUUCAAAGAAUUAGAAAUAAAUAUCUACAAAAAUGGCAGAUGAUAUGCCCACAUUCAAAUGCGUGCUAGUUGGUGAUGGUGGUACUGGCAAAACAACAUUCGUCAAACGACAUUUGACUGGAGAGUUCGAGAAGAAAUACGUUGCAACACUCGGCGUCGAAGUGCACCCCUUGGUCUUUCACACAAACCGUGGUCCCAUCAGAUUUAACGUAUGGGAUACAGCCGGCCAAGAGAAAUUUGGAGGAUUAAGAGAUGGCUACUAUAUCCAAGGCCAAUGUGCCAUCAUCAUGUUCGACGUAACCUCCCGUGUCACUUAUAAAAACGUACCAAAUUGGCAUAGAGACUUAGUUCGUGUAUGUGAAGGCAUUCCCAUUGUUUUGUGUGGUAACAAAGUAGACAUCAAGGACAGGAAAGUCAAAGCAAAAACAAUUGUUUUCCACAGGAAAAAGAACCUACAGUACUAUGACAUCUCUGCGAAGUCUAACUACAACUUUGAAAAGCCCUUCCUGUGGUUAGCUAGGAAACUGAUUGGCGAUGGUAACCUAGAGCUUGUUGCAAUGCCUGCUCUCUUGCCUCCGGAAGUCACAAUGGACCCACAAUGGCAGAACCAAAUCGAAAAGGAUCUCAAAGAAGCCCAAGACACUGCACUGCCGGAGGAAGAUGAAGACUUGUAAAUACAGCAAUAAAUAGCUAAUGCUAAAUUUCAGUACUAUACUACAUUAAUUGUGCAAUUUUGUACACCAAUGUAUCAAUUUAAAUUUUCAUUCCAUAAUUUCAAGUGCUCCAUGAGUUUGUAUUAAAUUCAUUGCUAACUUAUUGUCAUAAUUUCUAGUUUUGCUUUAAUUAAUCAUAAUAUGAAAGAAAAUUAAGUCAUUUUUCUCAAUGGCACUUGAAGUAAGUAAUAUUUAAUGUCAUGUAACUUUGUAUUUGUAUUCUUUUUACCCAUAGAGUUGGGCCUAUUUUAUUUAUUAAUUGUGUAUAGGUCACUCAUGUUUAUCCUACACAUAAGCCUUCCUGAUGGUACAUUUACUAUAGUUAAUGCUUAACUGUUACAGUAGCAUGUACAUAACCAGUGCGUAAGUUUUGUUUGUACACGACUGACAAUAUGACAUUGUAAAUUGUGGUGAUAAAUUUUUGAAAUAAAGUUCAAAAAAUAC